AGUAGUUGUGGGAGGGGCACAGACUUCGCAAGCAGGCGCCACCGCACAGGCAACGGCUCGCACUUUGCGUCCUGACUUCCUAUAAUCUCUACUUGCACAUCCAUACGCUUACUGGCGCUGUCCACUACGUUAAUGGAGCCGUCGCACAGCAGCGCCUCUGCCGGUGGGAGCGAAAAGGCGGGUGCACAGCACCGCAAGCGGCGGUCGAACGGCGGCGGUGGCGAUGGCGGUCCACUCGAACGUGGAGCGAUGCCGCCGACCAAGAGGAGCCGCAACGAGACAUCACCUCAUCCCUCGUCCACGUCGGCUGAGAAAGGCGCUUCACGUGCGGACAGAAGCGGAGCACACCCGAAGCGUGGCGGGCGGUACCAGCCACACUCGGGUCAUGGCUCGCAGCGUCACCCCGCCUCCUCCACCACCACCCUCGCGUCGUCACCGUCGUCGUCGUCGUCCGUCUUUCGUCUUCGGGCCGCAGACAGACAUUCGUUUCCUCCCUCGCGCGAUUCAUCGAAGUCGCCCUCCGUGUUCCAGGAGGGCCAUCCAGCACCGGCGGCUCCCCACUCUGCCGCUGCGUCGCGCCUGCACCACCACCCCUUCAGGGCAAACUUCAACGACCACUUCGAAACCUCCACCGCGGCGCUGCGGGAUGUGCUGCCGUUUGUGAAGGAGCUGCGCCAACUCCUGCGCCCCUCCACGCCGGAGCGCUUCACCGUGUACGACCCCUACUACUGCGCCGGCGGCAUCGUGAAGGCGUGGAAUGAGCUGGGCGUGCAGCACGUCCUGCACGAGAACCGCGACUUCUACGCGGACAUCGCGCAGGGCACCCUUCCCGGUCCGUACGACGUGCUCGUGACGAAUCCCCCCUUCAGCGAAGACCACAUCUGGCGUCUGCUCGACUUCCUCGUCACGCAGCGGCCGCUGAAGCCGUGGGCCUUCGUCGCACCGGACUACAUCGCGGCCAAACCGCAGUACAAGAUGUGGGUGCAGACGUACUUCACGCCGACGGCGACGGUGCCCUCGCCUGGGCCGGCGGGGGCCGUGAAAGGGGCGGUGCGCCGACCACCCCCCUCCAUCCCGUCGAUCGCAUCCAUUCUCCCGCCGUUUCUGCUGCCGGCGGAGGCGGAGGCGGAGGUGACGGCGGCGACGGAUGCCGCGGACCGGGAGGGUGAGAAAGGGGCUCCUGCUCCUCCUCCCACGACGACUGCUGCUGCUGCUGCUGAGGCGGCGCCGGCGGCCGGCGCUCCACCCACCGCCGCUGUUGCUGUCCCCGUCGGCCCUGAGCCGCUCUACAUUAUCCCGCGUGUUCGCUACGACUACGCGCACCCCCUCGGCGUCGGCCACGACCACUCCCACUUCAAAUCGAUGUGGUACGUCUGGGCGGGGCGGCACACGAGCGAGGUCCUGCGCGGGAUCACCGUGGAGAUCGCCGCACGUGGGCGUCAUGCCACUUCUUCGUGGACGUCGUCAUCAUCAUCGUCUCGUUCUGCUACGACUGCUACUGUUGCGGGCGCGGAACAGAAUGCGCCGGUGACGGUGGUGAACGGCUACCAGGCGUUGAUUGAAGGGCACUGCGUUGCAGCGACGGAUCGCCGGCUGAAUCCGGAGCGGCGUCGGCGUGGUGGGGCGGUUCCAUCCCGUGGCGGUCACGGCCCGUCGCAGGGGCGCGGUGGACAUCGCGGUGGCGACUCCAAAAGAGUUUUGUAA